AUGAAGUUCUCGACCACUAUCCUCGGCGCAGCGUUGCUCACAACGUCGGUCAUUGCUACUCCUUUCACCGAACGCCGCGCAGCUCGCCAUGCUGCCCGAGCUAACCAUACCGGCCGUCCUGCUUCUAAACUAGACACCUUGGAGCUUGCUAGCCCGGGUGGAACAAGCGACACGGAGUAUAGCACGAACUGGUCCGGUGCUGUACUUCAUGGCACCGGGUACACCUCGGUCACUGGCGAAUUCACCGUUCCUAAGCCGAAACUUCCCUCUGGUACUUCGCCUUCUGAGAAGACUUGCGCCUCUGCCUGGGUCGGUAUUGACGGUGAUACUUGCAACUCGGCUAUCCUGCAAACUGGAGUUAAUUUCUGCAUCCAAGGAGACGAGGUUUCUUACGGUGCCUGGUACGAGUGGUACCCGGAUUUUACCUACGACUUUUCCGACUUCCAGAUCUCCACUGGGGAUGUGAUUAAGCUCACUGUGACUGCUACCUCCAAGAACUCCGGUUCUGCCGUCGUCGAUAAUGUGACUACAGGCAAAUCUGUCACCCAUAAAUUCGCUGGUGUUGACCACGAUGGAGAUCUCUGCGAGACCAAUGCUGAAUGGAUUGUCGAGGACUUUAUGACCGGCGGCAAGUUGGUUCCGCUUACCGACUUUGGAACUGUGACAUUCUCAAAGGCAGAGGCCAUAUCUGGUGGCAAGACUGUGGGACCAUCUGGGGCAACUCUUUUCAACAUUAAAAAAACACAGGGUGUCUUGACCAAGUCUUCUAUUACCCGCGAUAGUGUUACUGUGAGCCGUGUCUAA